GAUGGCGGACGCGUCUAUGUGCCUGCCUGGAGAGCUUGAAUGCGGCAUCUAGUUUUGACAUCUAUGGAGGGAAGUUCCACUGCCUGAAAGUUUGCAAACAUGACACGUGCAUGCGUUUGAUGUUGUAUUUUCCUUAAGAAUAUUAGGAUUGAGUCCGGAGACAUUUGGAGACUUGUGGAAAAAGGUUUCACUGAGAGGCGAGUCUCCAGUGCACCCUAGUGGUCCCUCAACAGUCUGCAGGGAACAAGAGCCAUGAGUGACAAAGAGCCAACAAUGUUGGCCAUAAGCGAUGACAAGUUUGAGCUGAUAUGGAGUGACUGUGACAUAGGAUUAGACAGUCUGCUUAUUGAGCUACCUCGUACAAACAGUGAUGCUUGGCUCAGUGCUGUGUUGCCUGAAGGCACUUUUUCAGAGAAUUUUGAUCUUCCUCUCACGGGCACCGAUGAUACCGCCGAUGCACUCGCUAGUGUGGCCCCAGUUGUGGGUAACCAACCUCCUCCUUCCACUGUAGUGCCCUCUACAACCGACUAUCCCGGAGAGUAUGACUUCAAGUUACUCUUCAAUCAGUCCAGCAUGGCAAAGUCUGCAACGUCCACUUAUUCUCAGAAGCUGAAUAAACUGUACUGUCAGCUUGCAAAAACUUGCCCUGUGGACGUGCUAGUUGGGAGAGAACCACCUCAGGGUGCUGUGCUGAGAGCCACAGCGAUCUAUAAAAAAUCUGAACAUGUUUCCGAGGUGGUGAGCCGAUGUCCACAUCACCAAAAUGUGGCUGAAAACAACGAAGAUGUUUCUCAGCGUAACCAUCUCAUCCGUGUGGAGGGCAACCCAGGAGCCCAAUACCAUAAGGAUUUGUUUACCAAAAGACAAAGCGUGACACUGCCAUACGUAUCUCCACAGCUGGGGUCCACGGCAACUACUGUGCUGCUGAAUUAUAUGUGCAACAGCAGUUGCAUAGGUGGUAUGAACCGACGCCCAAUUUUAACUAUCAUGACAUUGGAAACGUACGAUGGACAGGUUCUUGGUCGGCAGUGUUUUGAAGUUCGCAUAUGUGCCUGCCCGGGUCGUGAUCGCAAAACGGAAGAGGAGAAUGUUAAGAGCAUUACUGGGGAGAAAGUUACAGGGACAAAGAGAAAACGUCAGAAUCAGUUUAAAGAGUCGCUUCCCACACCUCAUUCUGCGUCCAAGAAGAUCAUGAAUGACAGCAGUAGCGAUGAUGAUAUAUACAUUCUGCAUAUUCGGGGCAAGGAACGCUUCGAGAUGUUAAGGACCAUAAACAAUAGUUUGGAAUUGAUGGACGUGAUGCCAGCGGCAGAACAGCAGAAAUACAGAAUGAAACGGUCUCAAAAAAAGCAUGAUCAGCCCUGCGUUCAACCGAAAGCUGGAAAGAAACUGCUUGUCAAAAGUGAUAUUGAAUAAUUUUUUUUUACUGUUUUGAUUUAGUCAUGCGAGACUUGUUUAUCAUAUAUGCUAAAGUUACGUUCCUGUGUGCACACAUCUGACUGUUUUCUACUGUUAUGUCAUCUGCAGUUGGGUGUUUAUCCAGUUUUUUUUUUGUAUCGAGUUGCCACAAUUUGUACCAAAAAGUUGUAUUGAAUUUUUAUGUUUUAGCACAUUUUUCACUUAUCGUCAUUGAAAUAAAAUACUGCAUAAUUUCUA